CAUUUUUUAAAAUCAAUUACCAGUAAUAGUUUUCUACUUACAUUAAAAAGAUGUAGCAAGGUGUAGCUUUUAAAUCCAUUUCUUUUGUUUUGCCGUGUUUUUUCAUUUUCGCAUCCCCUGUGAUGCGUCCCCCGCCCUUAACUCUUAUUUCUCACUAUUUCCUUGGACAAGUUCUCAGAAGGGAAGUUAUUAGGUUAGAUAGUUCUUGCACAUUGUCAAGUUGGUUCUUUUUUAAGUGUUAGUAGUUUACCUCGUUCAUGUGUGCCACUGGCCCCCACUGUGUUUCUAACAGCAGACCACAGCCUCUCUUUGGAAUCAUUACUGUUGAGCUUGUUUCAAGUUGCAGUGUGCCUCACUCUGACCUUAGACUCUGGAUCCUCCAACCGCUGCGCUUCUGGGAUUACUUCAGAGGAUGAGCCUGGGGCCGUGAGAGGUGAUAGUUACAAGCUGCACAGCUGAUUAAGUAGCAGAGGAGAUUAGAACCCAGGUUUCCGGCCUCCCAAGAUUGUUAAACAUGAGUCUACGGAAGCAAACCCCUAGUGACUUCUUAAAGCAAAUCAUCGGACGGCCAGUUGUGGUGAAACUAAAUUCUGGAGUGGAUUAUCGAGGGGUCCUGGCCUGCCUGGAUGGCUACAUGAAUAUAGCAUUGGAACAGACGGAAGAGUAUGUAAAUGGACAGCUGAAGAAUAAGUACGGGGAUGCGUUCAUCCGAGGAAACAAUGUGCUGUAUAUAAGUACCCAGAAGAGAAGGAUGUGAAGACACCAGGAAGCAGCUCUCCUCAGAGUUGGAUAGAAUUUGUUAUGAAGUGUUUGUUUUGUGUUUUGUUCUUUUAUGAUCUUCGUUGGUGUGUUUUCAUAGUGUGUUUUGUUUUGGUGUUUUAAUUGACAUUGAAAUAAGAUAGAGGUGUUACAUUACAAAUUGAAUCUUAAACUUUUCACGUUUAUGUUUACUUCUAUCUGUACAAAAUGCUAAAAUUAAAAACAAAAACCCA